UCCAUCACCAUCGUUCCAUCUCUUCCAUCCAUCUCGUUUCUAUUCGGAAUCAUCUACAAAUCGUUAAAUUUCAGCUCAAACAUCUAGAACCAUCAUCAACAUGGCAUCCAUUACUAGUCCUGCGCGGGCUCCAGUCCUUGCAAUGAGUGCUUCCGAGUUGAUUGGAAAUACUCCUUUGGUACGACUAAAUAAGAUUCCACAGAGUUUGGGAAUCGAAGCCGAAGUUUAUGCCAAGGUCGAGCUCUUCAACGCUGGCGGAAGCAUCAAGGAUCGUAUUGCCCUCCGCAUGAUCGAGGAGGCGGAAAAGUCUGGAAGAAUAAAGCCCGGAGACACUCUCAUUGAGCCAACCAGUGGAAACACCGGUAUUGGUCUCGCUCUUGUUGGAGCUAUCAAAGGUUACAAGACAAUCAUUACUCUUCCCGAAAAGAUGUCACCCGAAAAGGUCGCUGUUCUACGAGCACUUGGAGCCACUAUUAUUCGUACCCCAACUCAAGCAGCUUGGGACGCCCCCGAGUCCCACAUCGGAGUGGCAAGACGAUUGUUGAAAGAGAUUCCAAACUCUCACAUCCUCGAUCAAUAUGCUAACGAGAACAACCCCAACGCACACGAAUUUGGAACUGCAGAAGAAAUCUGGAAGCAAACUGAUGGCAAGAUUACUGCUGUUGUCGCAGGAGCUGGUACAGGUGGAACCAUUACUGGAUUAUCUAAAGGCUUAAAGAAACACAACAAAGAUGUCAAAAUUAUUGCAGCAGAUCCCCACGGAUCCAUACUUGCAGUUCCAGAAAACCUGAAUCAAGAACACGCCAACGAAUCAUACAAGGUUGAGGGAAUUGGUUAUGAUUUCAUUCCUGAUGUUUUGGAUAGAGAUUCUGUCGAUGUGUGGUACAAGACAGAUGAUCGUGAAUCAUUCGCCUACGCACGUAGAUUAAUUGCCGAAGAAGGACUUUUGGUAGGAGGUAGUAGUGGUAGUGCUAUUGCAGCCAUGGUAAAGGGAGUCCGUGAUUUGGGACUUGGUAAAGGUGAUACCGUGGUAGUCAUCCUACCAGAUAGUAUUAGAAGUUAUCUCAGCAAAUUUGCCGAUGACGACUGGUUGGCGGCCAACGACCUCCUCCCUCCUACCCCAGAGUCUUCUUUGCCAGCAUCCCCAGUCGCCAAAGCUCAAUCCAAGAAAGAUCCAUACUCUGGAGCGACUAUUCGAUCCCUUCGCCUCAAACCAGUCACAUCUGUCCUCGCCAACUCCUCUUGUUCUGAAGCCGUCGAAACCAUGCGUGAAAAGGGUUUCGAUCAACUCCCUGUCCUCGCUCCAAAGGGCGAUAAACUCGUCGGUCUUGUCACCCUUGGAAACCUUCUCAGUUGGAUUAGUCGCGGGCGUGCCACCGGAAAAAGCCCAGUUUCAGAUGUCAUGUUCGAUUUCUCCCACAUCCCUGAAGUUAUCACCGAUCCCAAGGAUAUCAGUCAUCUUUCUUCGCCUCCUAAGAGCAACGGUAUCGAAACGACAAAGGAUGGCAAGAAGCAGACCACUCCAAAGCGCAAAUUCGUAGAAAUCACACUCGAUACUCCUCUUUCCGCCUUGAGCAAGUUUUUCGAAUGGAACAGUGCCGCAGUUGUUACCGAGAAGGGAAGCGAGGCUGAUGGAUUGUCGAAGCCGGUCGCAGUUGUCACAAAGGUUGAUUUGUUGAGCUGGAUGGUAAAGCAAAGCAAAGUUUAA